GCUGCCGGUUCGUGGCGGCGGGGGCGGCCGGGCAGUGCCGCCUCUCGGCCCUUACCUAACGCGGGCAGGGCUGACCUUAUGUAAGGGCAGAGGCGGGGCCGGCACAGCUGUGGUGGAGGCAGCAGCGCCAUGUCCUGGUACCGCAACACCGUGUGGUUCGUGAAGGGGCUGCGGGAAUACACGAGGGGCGGCUACGAAUCUGCUUCCAAGCAUUUCAAUCCAGCUGAUGUGGAGGUGGAUGUGAGUGGGAGAUCCUUCCUGGUCACCGGUGCAAACAGUGGCAUUGGCAAGGCCACAGCCAAGGAGAUAGCAAGGAGAGGUGGCAUGGUUCAUCUGGUUUGCCGAAAUAAGGAACGGGCCGAGGUUGCCCAAGAAGAAAUAGUGACAGAAACGGGCAAUCCGAAUAUCUUCUUGCAUAUUGUGGAUAUAUCUAAUCCCAAGGAAGUAUGGAAAUUUGCUGAAAAAUUCAGAAAUGAACAUAAAUUAAAUGUGUUGAUCAACAAUGCGGGAUGUAUGGUGAAUAACAGAGAGUUAACUGAAGAUGGACUUGAAAAAAACUUUGCAACAAAUACUUUGGGUACAUACAUCCUGACAACUGCCCUGCUGCCCCUCCUGGGAAAAGAAGCUGAUGCCAGAGUGAUAACUGUCUCUUCUGGGGGCAUGCUAGUUCAAAAAUUAAACAUAUCUGACUUGCAGUCGGAAAAUGGGACAUUUGAUGGAACUAUGGUGUAUGCACAGAACAAGAGACAGCAAGUUGUCUUGACAGAACGGUGGGCAAAAGCUCACAGAAACAUCCAUUUCUCCGUAAUGCACCCCGGCUGGGCAGACACUCCAGCCGUGAGGUCGUCAAUGCCAGACUUCUAUGAGAAGAUGAAGAACUCCCUGCGCACAGAGGCCCAGGGAGCUGACACUGUGGUAUGGUUGGCAGUAUCAGCUGAGGCAACCAAGUUACCAAGCGGCUUGUUCUUCCAAGACAGGCAGCCAGUCGCUACACACUUACCCCUGGCAAGCACCCACAGUCCACUGGAGGAUGAGGAGAAGCUAAUGGCAGUGCUGGAAGAGUUCUCCCAGAAUUUUAGAUCCAGUUCGCCAGGAACUUAAUGUCACUGCUGACACAGUGUAACCAUAAAGCUUCUAAUUACACAGUAACACACUUGCUGUAGUAUCCCUGCUGUUGAGGGGAAGUAGGAUGCCAUAGGCCUGUUAAAAAUGAAUUGGGUUCAGGUGUUCUCAUAAUGGGGGAGAGUGGUUCCUGUGUCAUUUUUUUCUGCUGCUGAGUCUCUCCCAUUGUGAAUAUGCACCUGCUGUCUCAAGACGCACUCAGGUUGUGUUCUUUGAAUUGGAAGAAAAAUUGGGAGGCAUUAAAAUAAAACCCAAGACUUUGUAAAGUUACCCAGAAUAAUUUAAAACAUUCAGCACAGAGAAAUGUAGAGGAGUGUUCUUUCAGUAGCCUUUGUGAAAGACUUCAGGAAAGAAGUGGGAAAUGUUUUAAACAACAUUUAACCACUGUAUUUGACGGGUUGGUGGCGUCAUUCACUGCAUGAGGAUGACUGGGCUCAAACCUAUAACUGGGAAUGCAGAAACUCUCUUGCAGUGUCUGCUUAGUUUAAAUAGAGGAAUUCCUCACAGCCUUCAGUUUCUGUAAAUCAGUGCUGAUAUGCAGAAAUUAUCUGCUUCCUCAUGUUUAAACAGCAAGAAUUUAGGAACACUGCCAAAUGCCUUCCACAUUACUUUAUGGAGCCAGGGCUGAGUAUUAUCCCAUUUAUGUCAAUAUACCAUGAAGUAGGAGGUUUCAACACAUAACACACCCAGACAGGGCUGGAUCCAGCAGGGAAAUGGCUGUAUGACUGUCGGCAUGAAAAGAAAUAACAUGCUAAGCUGUAUAUGCUUGCCAUUUCCGCAAAAGAUUAAAGGGAAUUGCUGUAUCAUUAUGGAUGGAUUAAGAGGGGGAAGGGAGCAGUGUGGGGCACAGGUUUUAGAGGUGAAGUCCACCUCCUGAUGAGAGGGUUGUAUUUUGUCUGCAUCUGUUCACUUUCAGACCCAGAGGAUGGGAUCCAUCUAACCUGAUCUGUGGACAUUGAAUUACUUACUGGGAUUCUCACUGUAAAGUGCGUAGAGAGAAAACAGGCUUUUUCAGAGGGAUUUACUGAAUCUAGUUUAAGAAACAUCACCUACAGUCCUACAUCUUUCUACUAAUGAUGAAGACAGCUCAGACAAAGACACUCAGGUGGGAUUCAUUUUGUCUUACUUAUUUCAGAUUUACUGCAAAGCAGUGGUAACACAUUUUCUCAUGAACUGUGUUUAUAAGCCAACUGCCUAUAGAACCCAGCCAGCUGGUCACACUUUUUCACACAUGGCUCAGACCUGUGUGGUAGGACAAACAACUUAGACACAAAUAUAACACAGGUGUUCUUGAGGUCUCUGCAGUGACUGGUAGCUAAGGUCCUGCAGAUGGGUGCGGGAGAGCUCCUUAUAUCUGCUUUACAUAAUUUUAUUUCCCCAAAGAUACCUUCCUGGCUGAUGGCAUUUACUAAUUAUUCAAAGACCUCCCAUAAAGUAUCAGUUUAGGAAAAAACUUCUCUUUUCAGCCUAUUAUCAGUCUCCUUGGAAAUAAAGACUUUACUGUCAGAGAGGCCCUGAAAUAAGCUUUCCCAUGAUAAGCAGUGCUGAAACAAGUGAGGCUGUCACAGCUCUUCCUGAAGAGGCUGGGUCAGCGUUCAAACUACUGCUUCACUUAUAACUUCGUUUAUGAACUGAACUCCUUCUUACACUACAGUGAAAGAAAACAACAGCAAGGCUUGUACAGAGGUUUAUUUACUACGUCUGGUAUUAACAUUUUCUAUAGUUCCAGCUGUUUAUAAUACAGUUACCCAAAACAAGAGUAUAGCUGGAAGCAUAUAUAGUAACUACAUUUCUUAAUCCAGUAGCUGCAAGGCUAAUAAAAACAUUUGCAUUAUCAAGUAGUUAAGUUGCUUCUCAGCUCUGCAGUACAGAAGAAGUUUAAUGACUGGUAUUUAAAUAGUUCAUAAAAAUGAAAAAAGUGCGCUAUAUAUAUCUAAAUAUAUCUAUAUAUAUAACACAUUUUAGUGUACAUUCUGCACUGAUGUUAUUUGAAUGGCCUAUGUUUUUCAUUUUAGUCACAGCUUAAAAAUGAAGCCAGAGUUCAGAAAACUGCUUUAAUCAAAGUUUGGUCACAGUGUAAAAGAGCAACAUGCUAUGGUUUAAGAGCACUUGUGAUUUAAAAAGAACUAGAACACAGGAACGACAAUUAGAAACAAAAUCCAGAGUCUCACACACUUUGGUAUAAUGGUCCUGAUGAUGCUUUGUUUCAGCCUGAUUCCACAAGAGCAAACGCAGCAUGUGGCUUGUAAGCCAGCGAGAGAAUUUGUGUUAAUGCAAUUCAGAAUGACUUGUACCUUCAUGAAAGUAAAUACAUUUAGUGCCACUUAUAAAGCUUUAUGGGCAAAAGAAAAAUGGCAUCCAGUGACAGAUGAACAGAAAGAGAAGGUGGCACAAAUCCUUGCUAAGCAGUGCAUGCUGGGGACUUCUGCACACACCUAGUUUAUAGGAGCAGAACAAGCACAGCAGCUGCUAUUGCUGCCCUUCCCUGUCCAUACUCAACCCAACACUUCUUGUGGCAGCUUUGAGGCUUAUAUGAUUCUGACCUCAGUUGUUAAUUAUUCCCCUUCUGAAGGCUUUCACAUUUUUCUUCAUUUGUUGAAGUCACGUAUUUGGGAAGUUUUUGCUCUCCUGGAUUUUGCACAGAGGAAUGUAUCACCACAGACCACAUGUGGAGCCAGUCAUUUCCCCAUGUGUUGAUGGAAAGGUACAGCCUAUGGACAGUGCAGCAGGACUGACUGCAGUGAUGUGAGGCAACUGCAACUUCUGGUUUUUGUCUUGGAUGAAAAUUUUAGGAGGUCAGUUUAUCGGGCAAUUUUGUCAACUGCGUUUCCUCUGAAGUUACAUUUCUGGGGUGAUGUUUAUUCAUUGUUUAAAAAAAACCCAAACAAAAUGUUUGUUGUUUGCCUUUGAAUAGCGGAGCAUUUCCACGUAUACCUCACUGUUUUGGAGUGAACUGCAACUACCAACCGUUUGCAUUUGCGCCAA